AUGGUGGGACAUGUUGGGGAGGACAGUCGUAAAAAGUCUCGAAAACGACAACGUGAUGAUUCCUGUGACAAUAGUACUCAUGACAAGAAGGCGAGGAGUCAUGGCAAUGAAAGCGGUCCAUCCCCUUCUUCCAUUGCCUCUUUCCACACAAACGAGGAGUCAAUGCCUCUUCACAGUUCAACUCGUGAAGAAUUUGAUGACAGGUUGGGACACGUCACGACACCCUCCGCCUUGCCACAUAAGAUGGAUGUAGAAACUGUUGGCCUCACGGAUAAGAAUGAAGAUGGAUCGUUCUUUAUUAUCCACCUCAACGAAAGGCCAUCUCGUGUAGCCGUGACCACGCCUUAUAUAAAUCCUCGGCAGUUGUUUGGGCAUGCGGGUAUUUUAUUGCAGGAUGUCACAGUACCCCGUCAUCCAAUUCUUCUUCUGCCUUGUCCGCAUACGGGCAACGUCACGGUGCAUCCGCGACGCCGUUACAGACUGAUGAAGUUUAUUGGGGAACACAUGUGUCUUGCGGGGGACUUUUACCCAGUACUGGAUGAAGAAUACCAACAGCGCAGACAGAAUUCUUCCGAGGCUUUCCGAAUACGGCAGCGAGAGUCGUGGGCAAUGAGUGAGUUGAUGGGCAUGAUGAAAUUCCUCCAGUCUAACCCGCAGAAUAGUCUGGAUGACUUUUGGGCCCUUCCACCAGAGGAGGCAGCGCGUUACCACUCGCGCGGGAAUGUUGCACUAAUUGAACGGAGCGAGGGCAUCCAGUCUGGGAAUGAUGAUGAGAUGGAGUCCGUAAGUGAUGAUGAGCUUGGUGGAGCCAGCAGCAGCAGCAGCAGCAACGGAGACUCUUAG